AUGAACGGCACAGAGGGACCUUAUUUCUAUGUCCCUAUGAUUAACACCACCGGCGUGGUCCGGAAUCCUUAUGAAUACCCUCAGUAUUACCUUGUCAACCCAGCUGCUUAUUUUGCCCUGGCAUGCUGGAUGUUUUUGCUCAUCCUUCUUGGCUUCCCCAUCAACUUCCUCACUCUGUAUGUCACCAUCGAACACAAGAAGCUGCGAACCCCUCUAAACUACAUCCUGCUGAACCUUGCCGUGGCUGACCUCUUCAUGGUGUUUGGAGGAUUCACCACAACGAUGUACACCUCCAUGCAUGGCUACUUCGUCCUAGGACGCCUUGGCUGCAAUCUGGAAGGAUUCUUUGCUACCCUUGGUGGUGAGAUUGGCCUCUGGUCACUGAUGGUUCUGGCUGUUGAAAGGUGGCUCGUUGUCUGCAAGCCCAUCAGCAACUUCCGCUUUGGGGAGAAUCACGCAAUCAUGGGUUUGGUCGUCACUUGGAUCGGGGCCUGUUCCUGUGCUGUGCCCCCUCUCGUCGGCUGGUCUCGUUACAUUCCUGAGGGCAUGCAGUGCUCAUGUGGAGUCGACUACUACACCCGUGCAGAAGGUUUCAACAAUGAGUCCUUUGUCAUCUACAUGUUCUGUUGCCACUUCAUCAUUCCAAUGAGUGUUGUGUUCUUCUGCUACGGCCGUCUGCUCUGUGCUGUCCAGGAGGCUGCUGCUGCCCAGCAGGAGUCUGAGACCACCCAGAGGGCUCAAAAGGAAGUCACCCGCAUGGUCAUUAUCAUGGGUAUAGCCUACCUGAUAUGCUGGGUGCCCUAUGCCAGUACGGCCUGGUGGAUCUUCACACAUCAAGGCGCUGAUUUCGGACCAGUCUUAAUGACCGUUCCGGCUUUCUUUGCCAAGGCUGCGGCUGUCUACAAUCCAAUGAUCUACAUCUGCAUGAACAAGCAGUUCCGCCACUGCAUGAUCACCACCUUGUGCUGCGGGAAGAAUCCCUUUGAGGAGGAGGAGGGAGCCUCCUCUACUGCUUCCAAGACCGAGGCCUCCUCUGUCUCCUCCAGCUCUGUGUCUCCUGCAUAAAAGGGCUGUCAACACAGGCUCCAUGAUCCACUAUCCAAGAAGAAGACCUCUGCUCCCCUUGGGAAACGACUGAAGGCUAAUGUCUACAGAAAUAACCUUUUUGUAUUUUUACAACAUGUUGGUUCAACAUAAAGACAGUUGCAGGAAAGGUCAGCCCAUUACAGAGUUGUUCCUGUAUGUACAGAAUAUCCAACUUAACAAUCUAUGAGAUGUUUUUUUUCCUGAGCAGAAAGGGAAAAAAUGUAUCUUUUACUGUUGGAUCCUAUAUGAUACUGGCUUAUUUUUGAAUGUAGAGGCAUGUAAUCAAGGCAACGUAAAA